CCGUGUAAACUUCGCCUGGAAAAGCUUGAUCAGCUGACGAUCGCUUGGGCUUGAGUGUUUUGUUUUUCUUCGGUUCGCAACUCGACUUUGUAUAUGAUAAACAGGUUAAUUUGUUUAAAUUCAUGCCUGCCGCUCAGUGCGUGAUUGCUGCUCCAAACUGAAAGUCGUAGUAAUGUUGCGUAACAGGCUGAUAGACACGUUCGGGCGGAUAAAACCCAUCCUUUGCGGAGCCCAAUCCCUUCGAUCCUUGGCGAACGUGGGGUCGAGCACUACAAAGCUGACUACCAUCGAGGUGGAUGAUAAGAGUGGCAUUGCCACCUUAUCGAUGAACCUGGCGCCAGUCAAUACGCUGACCAUGGAGCUAAUGCACGACCUGAUCGAGUCCAUCAACCAAAUCGAGAGCAACAAAAGUCGCGGCCUCAUCCUGACGUCGAGUAAUGACAAGGUUUUCUCCGCUGGCCUCGAUCUCAAGGAACUGCUGGAACCGGACAGGGAGCGCCUGAAGGAGUUCUGGACCUUGUUCCAGGACCUGUGGCUCGCCUUGCAUCUCUGCGGUCUUCCCACUGCGGCGGCCGUUAAUGGUCAUGCUCCUGCCGCUGGCUGCGUUCUGGCCACAGCCUGCGAGUACCGCGUGAUGCUCCCGGAUCUCUUUAUCGGCAUCCACGCCACCCGCUUUAGCUUCGUCAUCUCCAAGUGGAUGAUGCUGUCUUACCAGAGCGUCCUGCCCCGCCGAAUUGUGGAGCGAUCACUGAACCAAGGUAAGCUCUUCCGCACCGAGGAGGCCCUGGAGGUGGGCCUCGUCGACGAGGUGGCGGAUAGCAAGACGGAGGCGCUAGCCAAGUGCGCCGCCUUUAUUGGUACCUUCGACAGGGCUAACCCAGUGGCCAGGACAUUAACCAAACGGAUGUGUCGCGAGCCCGAUGUACGGGGGCUCCUGAACGACCGUUCCGGGGAUCUGCAGGAGUGUGUGGACUACGUUCUCACGCCCCUUUUUCAGCAGGGACUGUGUGCCCACCUCGAGGGCCUCAAGAAGGGAAAGUAAGGGUUUCGUAGAGUAGAUGAUAAUCCCAUUGCAUUUAUUACUUAAUCGUUAUUAAAAAUUGUUGUUAAUCCGA